AUGUCCUUGCUAUACAUCAGUCAACAAACGACUAUCUAUGCUGGUUGCUCUCUCGCUUUCAUUGGUAUCCUUGGCAACUCAAUGAAUAUUCUCGUCUUUUCAACUGUUCCAUCCUAUCGAACAACAUCUUGUACGUUCUAUUUUCUCAUCAGUUCCAUCUUCAACAUUGCAUAUAUCGUCAUCAAUCUUAUUUCACGCAUCGUUAGUGCCGGAUUCGGUAUUGAUCCUACACGAACAUCUCUCGCAUGGUGUAAAACAAGACAGUUCUGUCUAUUCACACUCAGUUUGGUCACAAUCACAUGUUCAUGUUUGGCAACCAUCGAUCAAUACUUCGCAUCAUCACAGAAUGUUCGAAUUCGUCGUUGGAGUAACAUUCGAUGGGCUCGUCGAAUCGUCGUCAUUAUCAUUAUUAUCUGGUGUAUUCAUGGCAUCCCACCUAUCUUGUAUUCCGAUAUCUCGCCUAUAACAAAAGCCUGUGGAAAUAUGAAUGCGAGAUAUGCUGACUACAUUCCUUUCUAUCUGUUGGGAUUGAUUUGUGCCAUUCCCAUCGUUGUAAUGGUGACAUUCGGAUACCUCACUUAUCGCAACAUUCAUCUCACUCGUGCUCUUGCAAGACAAUACGCUGAUCGACAACUGGUUCGAAUGGUUCUCUUUCAGAUCAUUCUUGUCAUCAUUAGCUUCGUUCCAUAUGGAACAUACAGUGUGUAUAGUUUGGUGACGACCGGAAUGCCAAAAGAUAUUUAUCGAUUGUUGCAAGAAGCAUUUGCGAUAACAGUGCUUAGUCUUGUGCCUUAUUUCUACUAUUGUGGAAGUUGUUAUGCGUUUCUGAUGUCGUCAAGUCGAUUUCGUCGAUCUGUUCGAAAUCAAGUGUUAUUCUGGCGAAGACCAACUCAAAUCGACAAAACGAUACGACUAACAGCUACCGUUCACAGUUUAAGAAAAGUCGGUGUAGCUGCUCCAACUCAUAAUCAAUAG